CAAUAUCCCUACCGAGCUCACCCACCCCCAGCCCAGGACUUGCCGCGCAACUAGGAUAAUCCUCUUCUGUGGAUUCCUUAUCGUCACAUGGACCACUUAAGUCGAUCAAAUCAUCCAAUUCGAUGCGAACUUAGGAUUUUAUAACCAGUCAGGCACUUACGACAGUGUUGACGGUCAUAAGUGCAUGUCAGGACCAUCAUUACUGGGGUGACCGAGUCUGGAGGGAGCUGCACCAGGCUGUGACGUGUGCCACCUGCGAGAUCCUGCUAGGAACAUUGAAGGCAGUAGCCCAUCAAGGCCCGGACGCUCUGUUGUCAGUGUUAGCUAAGGUGUGCACGCGGGCGAAGGUAGACCGAUCAUCUUUUGUCGCGUUAUCACUCUAAAUCGCCGAUUCCAGAUCGUAGAUGUCGAUGUGUGUCAGGCUACCGUGGCCACCCAAAUGCCCAGCAUCCUCUACAUGCUGGAGCAGCUGCAACUUGAAUCAGUGACCAAGUCGCAUGAACCCUCGAGCAAGCCCAUCACGAGGAGCACCAGCAACCAAACCCUCCUCUAUGUGGCGCACCUCAACGACACGCACAUCGAUUGCUACUACACCCCAGGAACCAGCUAUGUCUACUCCAAACCCAUGUGCUGCCGGCCCUAUACUCCCGCGGAUGCGCCCAACGCCACGCGCUGUCCCUGCGGUGCCUGGGGCCAUCCCCGUUGCGAUCCGCCCAUGCGCUUCCUGUCAGACAGAGAUGUCGUGCCCCAUGAUUUCUGGCUUACCAACCUCACCUCCGUCGAAAUCGACUGCAACACCACCUACGCAGCACUGCAGACUCUCAAUGGCGAGGGACCUGUGUAUCUCGCCAUUGGGAACCAUGACACCAGCCCCGUGAACAUCUUCCCGGUCUCGUCCAGGCAGCCCUCCAACUUCACGCCUCAAUGGGCCUACGGCCUCUUCGCCGUCUGGUCGAACCGCCUCGCCCUCCAACCGAGCCCAUCGACAUCACCUCAACUGCAGAGACAAGGCAACUACAGCAUCCUCCACCGUCAACCCUAUACCUCCCCUCCGACGCCGGACCCUCUCUCCCAAUUCGAAUGGCUAACCACCGAACUCUUCGACGCCGAAACCCACCACCAGCGCGUCUGGCUUCUCACGCACAUUCCUCCCCCCUCCCCCCCGGGCAACUCCUACCUCCUCCCCUGCUACAACCGUGUCCUGAACCAGAUCAUCGUGCGCUUCCGAACCACAAUCGCAGCCAUCUUCGCGGGGCACAGACACACAGACCUAUUCCAAGUCUACUACAACCGUCAGCGACCUAACUUCUCAGCGAGCAACAACAACAACAGCAACAACAGAUUCAGCUGAGAAGCUGACGUUGUGGGCUAUCUGGUCUACGUGACGGAUUACUUUCGAAAGAAGGCGACCGCGCCGCCGCAUAAUCGCUAUCCUGGAUUCUAUCAGCAGGACCCAGGAGAGCUACCGACGUGGAAGAAGUACUACUCGGUCCGGAGGCAUACGGAACAGAGGAGAACAGGGAUGUGCCGCUCUCGCCGGCUUUCUGGGAUAACCUGUCGGUGAGUAUGGAAGAGAAUCAGACUCUGUUCCAGGAGUGGUGGGCCAGGCGGACGAGGGGGGACUCAGUGAGGCCUUGUCGCGGGAUAUGUCGGAGGAGGGCGAUGGAGGUGGGAACAGGGUAGGUACGUAAUCUGUAUGGACUUCUCGUUUACUUGCCAGGUCGACAGACUGCCUGCCCAAUCCAAGGUAGGUCUUACUGUUGACUCCCCCACUACUCUUGAUUUUACUUCGACCUGAAGACAACAAGGUGAUAAAAGAAUCAAAUCAAUUUCGUCC